ACCAAUCGCAGAAGAGCUCACUAUUUUGAAAGGGUGAGGUUUCGAUGCUCGUUUGGUUAGCCAUAUUUAAAUGGACGGCCAUUAUGCGGGAGGGGUGUUAUGUUCUUCAAAAAUAAGCCGUUCUUAAACAGUUAAGUACUGAAUUUCGAACAAUUGUACGGACAUAUCUCUCAAUGCAGGUAGCUACACUAUUUAGAGAAGCAGCCACGCUCCUGGGAGCCAGUAUGGAAGCUCAGGACCCAUCUGGAACAGAAGCACAAUCCCUUAAAUUGUCAGUGUUCUCAGAGGGCACUAUGAAACAAGAACCUCAUGAUGACGGUUAUGAAACUAGUGGGGACCUGGAACUCAGGCCUCAUGGAGAUACGCAGAAGCUGUUAAACCAUAUGCAUAAUACUGGUAACAUGGGAGUGAAAUGUGAGCCUCCAGAAGAUCCAUACAGUUUUGUUGAUGAUGACCCAUCACCAAUGCUACAACCCAGAGGGCAUGCUGUUCUUAUGCAAACCGUACCUAAAAAACGUGGCAGAAAGAAGAAAGUCAAUCCAGAAGAAGGGUUGGAAGACAGUGAAAACCUGUUGAAUGGAAAUGCCUUUACUAAGAAAAAACUGAAAGAUGAUAAAUUUGUUCCAAUAUUUAAAGAGAGGAAGAAACAUGACCGCUUUAAUGGAAUGCCAGAAGAGGAAGUUUCAAAACGAACUCUGCCAGACCAUUUAGCUCUGAAUUUAGAUAUAGUCAUCAUCGGAAUCAACCCUGGGCUGUUUGCGGCCUAUAAGGGCCACCAUUAUGCUGGACCGGGCAACCACUUCUGGAAAUGUCUGUACUUAUCUGGUCUAACUCCGGAGCCGAUGACAGCAGAUGAUGAUUACAAACUGCUACAAGUUGGUAUUGGUUUCACAAACAUGGUGGCUAGAGCCACAAAAGGUAGUGCUGAUUUGACACGCAAAGAAAUUAAAGAAGGAAGUCAAAUAUUGUUGGAGAAAUUACAAAAAUAUAAACCAAAAAUAGCAGUAUUUAAUGGAAAACUCAUCUUUGAAGUGUUUUCGGGAAAGAAAGACUUCAGUUUUGGAAGGCAGCCCGAGUUUGUAGAAGGCACAAAUACAUACAUGUGGGUGAUGCCAUCAUCAAGUGCCCGGUGUGCCCAGCUACCGCGAGCUGCUGACAAGGUUCCGUUUUAUGCGGCGCUAAAAAAAUUUCGGGACUAUCUCAACGGAAUCAUAGCAGAUCUUGAUGAAACGGAGGUUGUGUUCACAGAUUCAAAACUAAAGAAUUAUUUUGAACCAGAGCUGAAAGAAGAACCGAAAGAAGAGCACACAUUUUAUGCUUAUGGCCGUCUUCCAUCAAAUGGUGAACUCACAGACUUGAGUAAUGCAAUAGUGAAGAAAGAUGAACAACCCCCAGCCAAGAAGAAACGAGGAAGGCCAAAGAAAAUAAAGUCAGACUGCAUAGAAGUAAAGAAGUCAAGCAGUGAAAUGUCAAGAAAAGAACAUGAUAUUUGUGGCACACCAAAGAAGAAGAGAGGUCGACCAAAGAAGAUAAAGACAGAUGACAUGAUGGCACAUUCUAAUGGUCUUGUAGACCACACAAAAUCAUCUGCACCGAUACCAAAUUGCUUCUCGCCGCCUCUGCAGUCCCCUAUCAACUUUGGCCAGCAAAAUAUAUCUCCUUCAUACAGUAAUCAACCUUUGCCACAGUCAUAUUCUCAGAACCAGUCUCAUUCUCCUUCAGAUGCAACCAACUAUCACCAAUCUCCCAUCCAGUCCCACCACUAUAACCAUUCACCACAGCCGUCGCAACCAUUCACUCAUUCUGAUCUGUCUUCGGAGAUCAGUGCCGCUAUAUCUUCAGAACACAACCUGGGAUCUCCGUCACCAACUUCCCCAAGCAUUGGACCUCCAGAUUUUGAGCCUCCUACAAGCAUGCCGGAAGAAACAAAUGAUGGACCUCAGAAUACCUCAAGAGCUGGAAAGGAAGAGAUCAGUACGGACAAUCCACAGAACCCAAAUGAGUGUCGAUUCUCGAGUCCUGCGCCGUCUAAUGAUGCCUCCAAUAUGACUUACCAGAAUUACGGUAAUUUCCGACAGGAAUCAGAGAACCAUUCCGUUAUAAGCUAUUCUCAAGGUUCCACUCCAGAAUAUAAUUCCAAACGUAACUUAAAUCAAGAUGUUUCCUCCAAAAGCUUGUCAGGAUUGGAAUCUUUAGUGGAUCAGAUACCUAGCAUUGCAGAGGGAGAGACUCAGCAUCAUGGAACAGGAAGUAACAGCAAUGGUGAGGAACAUUUUGAUUCUGGACACGGGCAUCCUGGACAGUUUAAUGACGAUUCAUAUCUUUCAGGUUAUCCCAGUGGUUCUCAGUACAAUGGCUCAAGCAGUAGCAAUGCAAAUAGCUACAGUCCACAUUUCUCCAGUUCAAGUACAAAUUAUUCAGUCAGCACCUCCAACAGUUACAGUUUACAUCAUAGCAGUGCUAGUAUGAACUUCUCUGUCACCUCACUGGCAAACAGCAGUGCGUCUGUAAACCACGAUGUCGGAGGGCAGGUGUCGAGCUCCUUCUCUGUCAGUAGUCUAGCUUCCAAUUAUGCUUCUAUGAACUCAAAUGUGAACUCAUACUCCAAUCUGAUGGGUGCUUCCCAUCCCAUGGGUAGUCACAUGAUGGGAGGAACAAACGCGAUGUUUGGGAGUGGCAUGAGUGGUGGGAUCAUGGAACGGGCAUGUGGUAUGGGAAGCUCUAUGGGGUCCCUCACGUCUCCUGUCAGUCUCACUAAUCCAAUGGGAAGUAUGAAUUCUCUCCCAUACCCAUAUGGCCAGUACCCUCAUGGAGCGUCAUACAGCAGCUCCCCUGCAAGCGGUUUCCCAUACACGCCGACUCAUAGUCUUCAUAUGCCUAGUCCCAAUUACCCUUAUACGUCUCCUUACUCAAACAGCACAUACCCACAGCCCAGCUACCUUCCAAAUCACAUGCUUGAUCGAAUAAAGCAGGAUCGGAUGGACAUAAGCUUCGGUGGUUUUUGAUAAUAUGCUUUCUUUCCACAGCAAACAUAAAGAAAAGGGUGGAAACAGCACAGGAACAAGAAAAAAUUGAUGUCUGUGAGUGCAAGUGUGCAUGCAAAUGCGGUUUUUCUCCCCCCCUCCACCCCUCCCUAUUUUACUUGGGCAAAUGUGGAUUUGUAUGAUGGAUAGUGUGAAUGCUGAGUAGUUGAUUGAAUGUCUGAAUUGAUGUGUACUUCCAUGGAUGUUGCAUGUGGUAUCACAUUGAUAUAGUUACACUUACAGUGAUAGGAAUUGUUAUGCUAUGACAAAGAAGUGGAAGUCAGUGGUAGUACGUCAUCAGUCAGCCAUAUCAUGAAAUUCAGCGUAAUUGCAUUCAAUUUUUAUCACCUGUAUUUUUUACUGGGUGAGCACAGAAAUUUCUUCAUGUAUCUUUACUCAAAUAUUCAUGUGUUUGUUCAUGGAUCAGAAAUAAUUUUAUUUACCUUCCCCGUUUCAGUAAGAAAUUAUGCGGACCAACAGGGUAGCUUGCACCUGUAGUAUAAUUAUUAUUAUUAUUAUUAAUUUUGUGGUAAAACUGCUGAUAACUAACCUAACCAAACCAAAUUAAACCUAACCUAACCAGUGAAGAAAUGAAAAUGAAUCUUGGUUCAUUUAUUCACUGGAUGUUAUAGGAAAGCUUCAAUCAGAAGUGCAUCAGGUUAGGUUUCCAGUCCAUGUUAUAUUCUUUGUUAGUGUUCAGUUCAUAUGCACUGUAUUAUCUCUUGCUUGUUUUUGGCCUUGUGGUUGAUGACGUCGUUAGCACCUUAUCAGAAUGAUGAAAUGCUUUUUUAUAAAGCUGCCUCCUAAAGUUUCGUCCUGUUGAACUUGGUGCAGGUCACUGAACCCCGCCCCUUUCCUUUCUGUGAAAUUGGGUUCUUCAUUGAAACUUGAUGGUGUUGUGAUAAUGGUUGAGUGUUGAUUUUCUUCUGUACUUGAGUGAACCACACUCUUCUAGAAUGUGUUUUGAGAUUACUUUGUUCAAGUCAUUGUUAAUAUAAGGGUGUAACUCAAGGUCUGGCACGAAUGUAGGGUGAUGUAUACACAACAAAACAAAAAAGAAAGUUCAUGAAUUUGGGUCUGGAAAAGCCUCUUUUCCAAAUUGCAGCCCUCUUUUCCUUUACAAAAUUUCUGACGUCCAUAGAGUGGUAAUUUUGUAGUAAGUGCAGAUGUGGGAUAUUGGGAAAAGCCAGAAUUUUGAAGGUGAAUAAAAUGAGAGGGGAAAAUUUGGAAUUAUAUGCAUUUUCACAUUGGCAGGUUGGCAAUACUUCAUACAUUACCCUUAAGGCAUUUAUAAUGUUACCAGUCCAGUCAAACAUGUUAUUGGAAGGUAUCUACCUAUCUGAGGCCUGUGUUGACUGUUUGAACAGUUGAAUUAUAUGGAUAGAUAGUGUAAGUAAUUAAGGAGCUGUUUAACCAAUUGGAGCACAUGCUUUCUUUAGAAGCUAAUAAUGAUAUGGAAAUUUGUACGCAGACCACAAUUUUUAUCUUUUACCGAGUCCUAGGUUGGUAACCCUUCUGGUAUUAAUUUAUGCCUCUGUACAGGUCUCUGAUUAUUGUUGGUCUUCACAUAUUAAUUUUUGUCAUGAAAAGUCUACCACCUUUGCGUCUUUCUUUUUCCAUAUAUCACCAUUCAUUGGCUUACAAGUUUGAACAUCUUUUGCCAAAUCAUGGUUUACGUCACUUUAAGUCGUAACUGUGUCUCACUUUCACAGAAAUGUCUAUAUUCUGUCUGAUAUUCUCCCAAGGCCAUUUGAUGUCCACAUUAUGAUUAAAGUUUUCUGAAACUGCGUACCUGUUUGAGAUUUUGACCAGAAAGUGUUUUUCGUAAAUACUUCUUCGUUCAGGUUCUUGAGAUGAAAUCUCUGCAUAUUAAAUAUUUGGAUUGCUUGUUGUCUCACCAGUAGCCUUUCUCAAUGUCUUACAACUUCCAAACAGUGUAUGCACAUGCAGAACAAAAAUAUAACAUCAACAGUCUCUUAAUAUUAUAUAUGACAUUCUAUGAGUAACAAAGCUGUACCUCUUAACUUAGGAUAUGGUUCCUUUGUGUAUGGAGAAGCCUAUUCCUAUGUGAAGAUCAGCAUUCUCAUUUCUGUAGAAAAAUACAUAAUUAUCUGCUGAUAUAGUUUCAUCUGACUUAUGUAUUUCUACUAAAUUUAACUUACAUUCUGCUGACCUAUAGAGACUCGACAUUCCAGGUCCCAAACUUCAUGUCCAUUUUUCAUUGCUUAUGUUAUUUCAGUGGAUCUGUUCAUAUAAAAGGCCCUGUUUUACAUUUGUAACAUGUGAACUUCUGUUAGUUGGAAGCUGUUAAUCCCCACCUAUCCACCAAGCUGGAGGAUCAUUCCUUAUCUGCAGUCUGUGACUGAUUAUUCAGAGUAAUCACAGCUGCCUGCCGCAACUAUAGACUUUCUCUUGAGUGUGUAACCUGAGGACAUGCCGUGGUGGUGAGGGACAAACUUAACAUGGCCAAGAUAGUGUAUGUCAUGAAAAUACUCUUAAUCACAUACAGAAAUAAUCUCAUUAAAAUUAAAUUAUUUGGUUAUUCCGUCAAAUCACAAUGUAUUUAAAAUAAGAUAAUUAAAAUAAUUAAAAUAUCAUUCUGUGUUCCAUAUCGAAUAAUCAAUUUACAAUUGGAAUUGGAAUCGAUUAUUUGAUUAUUCGAUGUGGAACACAGAAUGAUAUUUUAAUUAUUUUAAUUAUCUUAUUUUAAAUAAUUGUGAUUUGACGGAAUAACCAAAUAAUUUAAUUUUAAUUUAAUAAAUCACAAUAUGACGCAACUACACUAUCUUAGAAAUAAUCUCAUAAGACUUCUUGGGUUUUUUUUGUAGGAUUCACUAUUUCUGGGAAUUUUGUCUCUCAAGUAGCAAGUGUCCUGGAUGUCUUCCACAAUCUCCUGUUGUCCUUAUUGAUGUCAUGAAUGAGGUGCAUGUCUACCAUUAAAGCUGUUUUUCUGUAUGUGUCACCUAUUUCAAAAUUUAAUAACUGUUAUUUUUCCCACAAUCUAUUUAUGGAUUUUGAGUGAUUCUCAGAAUAAACAGCGAUUAUUUCUGUAAACAACAUAAAUCAAUUGAUCUUUUUAAUUGACAUGUUUUCUUUGAGGUAGGAACAUAAUUUUUAAAUAUUAUUUAGAGGGGCAUUUUGUUCCAAAGAGUUGAAACAAAUGCAGUUUAUGGAGUCCAGCCCAGGAGCUGCUGAUACUGAUUUGUGUUACAAAGUUCAUGACUGUGUGGUGUUGCCUUGUUGGCAUGCCUGCCUCCGGCGUCAGUCAGAGGGAAAAAUGGAAGCAAUAAAAGUAUGACACUACCUUAGAAAUUUCAGAAGGUGAAACAGGGUUUUAACUGAGAAAGGAUGGAUUUGCAGACCCAGCUUCCUUGGAACUUGUUGUUUUGAUCUGCCGUUACAUUUGUGCCAAACAUGCAUUCUUUUUGGUACUUAACUGUAGUUUCAUGUGUGGACUAGAGCAUUUUUCAUGAAUUGACACAUGGGCUGGCAGAUAGCGUUCACAGAUCACCAUAUUCACUUGCCAUGUUGUAUCCAGCCUCUUUUGAUAAUUACAAUUCUAUCUCAGAAUCUGGAUAACCAGAUGGCUUUCAGUUAGACUGAAAAUUUACUACUACUCACCUUAAAUAUUCAUCAGAUCUUUAUACCACAUUUGGAACUGUCAGUUCUGAGUCUUAGCAACAGAUUUCAUUAACUUUUCUCAGAAACAUUGUUAUGUACACCUGCAGUUGUUAUAUUUUAUAUUUAAUUGUGCAGAGAAGUUCAGUUUUGACUGACUUAUCAUAAUGUGUGAGAAACAUCAAGCUUCAAAUAGGUGGCAUGUGAAUGUAAAAGGGUAGGUAAUACAUACUGAUGUUUUAAUAUACUGUAGAAUUCUGAGUUGUGAGCUGUUUAUUCAAAACCUGACUGAAGUGUUUGACAUUGUAUUCAUUAGACUUCUGUUUGAUGAUAUUUCAUCCAGAUAGUGAACUUUGUUACUGAAGAAUUGAUGUUCACUGGGUAUCAUGUGUUAAUAGCAUAUGCAUUAUGGAUGUAUAAACCAGUUUUCUUGUGGGGUUAAAUUGUGAAGCCAGUUUCAUAUGUUCGUAAAAAUGUCCACUGAAAGGGAAUUACUUUUGUAUUGUUUGGGCUAUAAACAGAGACCCUGCAUAGUUAAUGUUACUUGAAUGAAAAUCUUUGGUAGCUGUCAGUGUUUUGUUUGAAACAAUUUGAUAGCUUGCUAGAUUAUCAGUUGUACUGUAAUCAUAUUUCAAGAAGUCAUUUGUUAUGAUUUCCAGUAAGAGGUGUGUUGUGUCAAUUUUAAUGCCUCUAAAUUUUCUCUUGCCAUCCUGUUGAAGUCAUCACAGUUUCAUUUUAUGUUAAUAUAAUUGAGUAAUGCUCACUCUAAGAUCCUCUGCAGUUUCUGCUGAUUAUUAUGCUUCCAUUGUUUGACCAUCAGUCUCGUUGAUCCAUUGCCAGGACUGAUGUUGUAGAACUCAGCAAAUUCAUGUGGCUACUGCCGUAUCUAUCAUAGUAAAAAUAUAUUGGUGUAAGUUGUAUUUGAAUGAACUGAUCUGAAAGUUACAGGGAAGUUAGAAAAGGCAGUAAAUGAUAUGUGUGAAUGUGUCUUGAAGAUCGCUAUUUGUUUCGAAAUGUUGUCGGUGGUAAACGUUGUUUGGCAUGUUAUAACCAAAAGACGAAUCGUCUGUCUUCAUUUCUUCUGUAAUAAAUUUAAAUUCAGAUAACAGGGUUGCUUCAGUAAAACUUUUAAUUUUGUUCUAGUGGAUAUUUUGUAAAAAUAUUUAUAUGCUGUUAACUAUAUUUAUUUGUUUAUUACUUUGUUCUUUUUUAUUUUAUUCGUUGAACUGUUUUUACCAUCAUCUUGUCCUCAUUUUCAUGUGAUUUUGUUAAUAGGACAAAGGAGAUCCAUAAAGUAAGGGCAUUAUUGGGAUAUUUAUGUAUUUUGAUUGGCAGCACUGCUGAGGCCUGGGCAUGCUACAGCUCAAGGUCAAAUGGUGACAUGCUGUGAGUGUGGUUCAUUUGUAGUCUGCCCUGAGUGAGCAUGACAUAAAGAUUACAGAUAUGGACAAAACUGUUUGCCAAACCAGUGUUGUUGAUGCAGAUAGGCAAGGAUGGCUUUCCAUAUCUACAAAUGAAUGAAGCAUGUAGCGUGCUGAAGCAGUUAUUCUUGAGAACUGUUGGGGAAAUUGCUGUAGUACUUGUCAUCAUUAAUGCUGCACAUCUUUGGUUCAAACCUCUAGUGCAGCAACAACCUUUACAUUGCACUUGGUUUGUACAGAUGGACCACAACUGAACCACACUCUUGUCUUUGUUGUUUCUUGAACUUCUCUGUGACUAAGCCUCAAAAGUAUUGGCAAUCUUAUGAAGAAAAUGUUCCAUUACUGCUCUUGCUUUUUGAAUUCCCCUAACAUUUUAUAUGAAAAGUAUGAUUUGAACAUAAAUGCCUGAAAUUAGUUCCAUUCAAUGUUUUUAAUGUGUCAUGGAAAAAAACAGAGUGGCAGAUAAAGGCAGAGAUGGGAGGGUUGUGUUAGAAUGGAUAUGAAGAGGAUGUGAUCUGAAAUUAAGUGGCUCAGGUUAGUGUCCAGUGGUGGGAUAUUGUGAUUACUGUGAUGAAGUAUUGAAGUUCAUGGCAGUAGAAUUAUUAAAUGUUCAGGGAAGAUUCUUUACUGGGUGAGAGAGAUAUUUGUGAUCGUGUGAUAUAAUACCACUUUUGUUCCAGUUAAUGGUGGUAUUAUUAAGUUAAAUGUUUUAAGUUAAACACUUAACUUGAUGACUUGUUUAUUAAUGUUUAUUGACAGUUUCACCAGUUGAUAUAAGUGUUUACAAUUUUAAGUGGUGUUUAAAUGAGAGUAUGGCACUUACUUUCUUUGUGGACUUUGAACUCUCAUCACAGAAUAUUGACAUGUGGUUGGUAAUGCAUUAUAAGCUUUUAAUAUGACUGUGUGCAAUGUUACGGCUUUCCUCUCCUGAUUUGUUACAAGUGAUCGGUUUAUAUAGCUAUUUAUAUUUGUUUAUAUAAAUUGAAUUAUUUUUACAUUUGUGUGUUUAUAUACAGUAAAUUCCAUUUACAUCAGUCAUUAUUUCUUGGUUAAAUUAAAUCACAAAGCCAGAUUAUAUAAUGUAUUGACUAUGGUUUUUCUGGAUAUAUAUUAACAUUUUGAAGUGCAGUCUUAUCACAAAGUUUCAUUAAGUUUUACUAUGUUACUGUAGAAUUCAUAAUGUUUGCCAGGCGUGUCUUGCGUAACUUGUUACAUAUAUGUCUGUCAUCCAGGUAUGAAGUAAAUCUGUUUGUUGGUUAAUUCCGCAAGUUUUUGGAACGUUGAUAUUUCAAGUGUUUCUGUAUCAAACUCACCUGCCAAGUAAACUACUAGAUAGAUAACAAGCCAUUCUGAAUUUUCUAGGACACAAGUAUAGAAACAUUUUUGUUGCAUGCGGCCAUUAAUUUUAAAAAUAAAGUUUUAUGUAGAUGAAUGUGUAGUCUGUCAGUUUAUGUUUGAAAGCGUGAAUGGUUAGUGCAACUAAUUAGUGAUUGGUUUUGCUUUAUAGGUUAUUUAAUGACUCUGUGUCUAUGGUGGUUGAUGUGAGGGAAUGACUAUUUUUGCAUUGAACCAGAAAGGAAGGGGCAAAAGACUGUUUUGAUUUACUGACACAGAUUUUGGCUAUUACCACAGCCAGGGCUUAAAAUGUGUACUUGCUGAACACACGUCCUCUGCACUGCCAUUUGGGUUUCAUAGUAAUACACAACUGGAUGUAGAACUGUAAGCAAAUAUUUUUCUCUUUGUUAUUCUUCUUUACAGGAACUUAACAUUAUUUUAAGCUAAUUCAUUACAUUUCUGAUAUGUGCAGGUACAUUUUCAAGUCAUAUUGAUAUCCAUUUCAGAAUGGCCACGUUCUUUUCUAUAUAAUGCUUUCAUAUUUUUAAUUAGUGUAUUUGUCAUAUAUUUCUGCCUUUUAUGUAUCCUGUCUAUAAAUAGCAGUAAUGUUUAUUCUACAUUUAAAAAAUGAAGGAGUGAGUUCAACAGCACAUGGCAUUAGGAGAUACUGUCUUAAGUUUGGCAUGCAUUAAUUCUUAGUUACAAAAAUUCCUUCCAAUUAAGUUACAAACAUGCCAGGUAGUCACAUUUGUUGAUAUUUUAACAUGUGCAGUUUGUAUUGUUUAUUUUGGAAACAGUGAUGUCUUCAUAAGGAGGUAGACAUAAAGCUAGACUCUCAGUCCACUAUUUGCUACGGUAGCAGAUUUUGAUCCUGCUUUUGGUUGGAGGUAUCAAGUAUUCUGUCUUAUAUUUUAUGUGGUUUUUACUUUGAACUAAACUGUACUUACAAAUUAAAUGGUAGUAGAUGUCAGCCAAACAAAUUAGACUUGAUAGAUUUAUUUGGUGUUCUUUAUUUUCAGUCCAAGAAUCAUAAUCAAAAUAGUAUUGUGUGUGACUGAUACAAACCUGCCAUGUACCUGACUCUUGAAUCAGUGACCAUUGAUGUUGGAAACAAAAUAGGGAUCAUGACUGUAAUGGCUUCAUCAUGGACCUGUGACCUUAGUUCAGCAGCUUUGUUUUUACUAGCAAAAAUAUGUAGCUCUUUAACAGCGCAAAUAUUAUGAUAAAGUUUCAUAUUUUCUAGAGCUCUCUUGUCUCAUUCAAGCAGCUUUGAUAUGUAAUAUACAGAGUGUCGAUGAAAUGUCUGCCAAACUUUGAUGGUUAUUCAUUGGCUUAUUUUGAGUAAAAAAUGGUUUAGCGACAUGGCUUGAAACGAAAAACACAGAUUGAUUGAAGUUAUUUUAAUUUAAUGAAUUAAUAAGGUACAUAGGAAUUGUAAGUUGUAUACUGCUUAUGUUUAAUAUCCUUUAAGGUGGAAAGUAUGUGUUUAGGUGAUUUUCUGUCUGAAAUGGCUGUGCACGUGUGAGCUGGUUUUAAAAUUGCACAUUUUCUUCCAUGUGGGAGCAGCACAGUGUGUGAUGCUUUGCAAGAGUUUGUCUGUUGCCUCCGGUUUUUUUGCAAAUGGGGUGGCCAGGCACUCUGAUCUCUGUGGCCAGUCCACAUGUUUCUGUAGCGCUGAUUCAAUUCCUGUAUGACUUGCAGACCAAAAUGAAGUAAUGUGUUACAGUUGCUUGUUUAAUCUGGCAUGGAGAUGAAUGGCUCCCUAAAGAAGUGGUAGCAGAUCCUGUACGAAAUGCAGAUAGUAGAAUGCUGUUUUAAAAAUCCCUCGAGAAUAAAUGGUCCAAUUUGUAGGUCAUUAACCACAUUGUGUGUGCAAAUGCUCUAAGGGGGUGGUGGGGGACACAAAGGCAGAAAGACAGUGAGAAUAUAUUUAUCAGAUAAAUUUGUAAUGUCUACAGUUUUUACCCUUGAUUCAUUUUUCACUAUAUAUAAGCAGUGAAGAUCCACCGAGGUUUGGCAAAUGUUUCAUGGGACAUUUUGUAUGUGAGGCACAGUUCAGGAUUUUGCCAAGCAUUGUGUUUACAUUUUAAAUUUAGGCCUGAUGUCAGGUGAACAUACUGAUCUGUUUUCCGAUAUCUAUCUGUAUGCACCGCUUAUGCACUUCUUUGCUAUGGCUGUUGUCAUUAGCAUACUUCUUCAUAGCAAGAAAGGUACCAGUGCUCAAAUAUGACACGGGGAGGUCAUUGCAUCUUUUAAUCCUUCAAUUUUAAUAACAGAUUAAAGAUUUCUGUUUUGGUUUUUGAAAUGUUUCUUGUAUGAUAGACUAUGGCUUAGCCCUGCAGAAAAUUGCCGUACCACAUAUGAACAAUUAGUGUUUGUACUUAGUGUUCUUAUGUAAGCAUUUUAUAUUAUCAAGUUUGGCAGCUUAAUUUAAAAUGAAAUAUUGUAGGUGCCUCCUACUCAGGACUUUAGAAGAAAGAAAGGUGGGGGUGAGGUAGGUGGUGACUGGAUAUGUUUAUUUCAGUCCCGUCGGGUGUUUUUUUUUUAAUUGUCUUCGCUUUAGCCCUGAAAUAUUAUUGGCUUUCACUGAUAAGAGGGUUUUAAAUCUCCAAAAAAAAAAAAUUCAGUAGAAAAAGAAAAAAAAAGCUAACUUACAUAAUUCUGUAGAACUAUGUAUGAAAAUAUAACACAUUAGAGUGGAGUUGUCUUUACAAAACGUGUUUAAGCAAGAGAAAUCUGAGUUACAAGUAGAGCGAAGGUUAAUGUUAUAUUGAAACUGUUGUUAAAAAAGUACAUCACAAAUGUUGACUAAGUUCUAUUAGGUAUAAGAGAAACUUUCUUCCACUUCAGUCAAUUUCUAUUACCAUACGUGUGCGUAUAUUUGUGAGAGUAGAGGAGAAGUAAUGAAUUUGCUGAGUGAAGUUACAUCGUCGUGUCUGAGCACUUACAAGAUUGUGAAUGGAUCUGAUAAAGUUGCACAGUUGUUGUGAAAUUUUUGCGAUAUUCAGAUAUGUAAAUUUAUGAAUGAUAUAAUCUUAGAAUUUCACUUCCAAAUUUGAGAAUUCUUAAACCAAUAACUGGUGUAGGAUCAUCAUUGAUGGUGUGUUCAGAUUUAAGGUUGUCAUGUUGGUCAAAAUAUGGAGUGUGGUCUUCUGGGUCAUGACAUUAUUAUUGUAGCGAAUUACUGAUUACCUACAAGAUCACAGUGUUGCAACCCAGAAGACAGUCCAAAUCGAUGAUGUGCUUUGAGAUUGAAGUGUUACAAAUAUCUCUGUGACACCGAUGUGCGAAUUAUUAUUAUCAGUCUGUAAGAAACUCUGCAUAUUGCAACGUAUGACAAAAGUGCAAUGGAAAAAUGUACAAUAUUUUUUAAAAAUCAAAGCACAGCUUUCAAGAAUAAUGACUUUGAACUUCUAUUUGCAUGUUUGUCAGAUUUUGUGAUAUUCUACCACGUUAAUUUUCAUGUUAGUGAACAUGCGAUGUUGGAAAGGAGAGUGCAAGUUGAACAGUACAGUGAGAUGUGUUUGUAACCUGGUGUUUGCUGUAUUCUAAAAUUUAUAUAUUUCACACUUAAUAUGCCUAAAUUAAUAUGGUGGUAUAUUUUGAUUUGAUAUGUCCCUCUUGAUAGCAGUUCUGUCUCAAGAGAUGUUUAUGUUGACAGUGUGUUUUGUUUCCAUCCUGUCAUGGUGAUUUUACCGUAAAAACAAUAAAAAAAAUUUGCACAGGGUAACUGAGGCUGAAAACUUGGCUUUGUUCUAUCAUUGUGGUGUGUUUUACAGACUCAAAGGAAGUUGUAUGAAUUUUGUGGGCCGUGUCGUGUGCUGAAGGUGCGUCUGACAGAACUUCCAUGCACUGAAACGAUGAAACUUUACGUAUAUGUGACCAGUUAUGUUGAAUGUUUUAUACUGUAUACAUUUAAAUACUUUUUAUCUAAGAUUGUUUUACAGUUACAUUUUUUGAAGAAGUCAUUGUACACUAUGGCUAAUAUGCUGGAUGAAGUCAAAGAUUUUUUUAUAUGGCUAAACAUUCAGAAAAAUUUGCUCUAUAUAAAAACCUUAAAUGCAACAUGUACAGUCUUAUCAGCUAAUACUUGUCACAGUAUUACAUUGUUAGGUAGUCACGUUGUUUGAUCUAUUUUAAUGUUUAUAUUUUAUGUUGAUCUAAAGCUGGCCAGUUCUUUAAUGACUUGUUGUUUAUUGUCAAUAGUUGAAAGUAAAUUUAAUCCUUCUGUAUCUAAAAAUACUCCCUGAUUGCUUGAAAUGACAGGUUUCUGCACAGAGCUGCCAUCAGUGUACUGUUAAGUGCUUUGAGGCCUGGUUGUCGAGCAUUGUUAUCAUUGGCGUCAGUAAUCUUAGAACCUUGCAUACCGUGUUAAAAACCAUAAUCUUCUGAAAAAGAUUGUAUGAAUUAACUUGUUUUUCAAUUCAAUUCAAUUAAUUCAAUUAAUUUAUUUACGUGUUUGCCAACAGCAAGAAGCCAAUAACAGGCAAACACUGAUAAUAUAUACUGCUGAUGACCUCUAGAGGUCGAAACGCAUUUGGCAUUAGUGUCCUUCAAAGUGUAAACAGUUUUCUUUGUAUGCAUGAUUUUAUAUUGUUAUCAUUGGUUAAAUUUCUGCAUAAUUUCAAGGACACUAUAGUUUAUUUGGUUACCAACAUUAGGAUUCGUACUUUGCAUAGCGAGUCAGCCAGCUGGGGCCUACUGAAAUUGAGUUGCCUUACUACUUAUUGUUAACCGUACAAAUUCACCCUCCAUUUACUUUUAAUUUGCUUUAAAUUUCAGCUGUGAGAAUGUAUAAAUUGAGGAGAGUCAUACGGUUUGAAAGAACCUGGUGGCCAGGAGACACACGCAAUCAGUGUAAUUAUUAUAUGUGUGCAGUGAAUCCUUUGUAGUUGAAUUACAUGAUUUUAUGUCACUUUUCAAAACACUGUGAUGCAAGGGAAACAACCUGCUGGUAUCAGAAAUUGUAUUUUGGCCUUGGAGAUGGGGGACGGCAGUAGUUUAUCGACGCUACCUACGUGUUGCCACAUUGGUUAUGCUUGUGCAGGACCCUGCAACAUUGCAAGAAUACCCUGAUGUAUCUCGUGUGCCAGUACCAUGUCUACUCGUGUUCACUUAGACGAGGCAAGUAAUCGAUCUUUCAUUAAUGUAAAGUGGACGUGUUGUGGAAAACCUUUAAAAAGGAACUUGAGUAAUAUUAUAAUGCCCUUCUGAGACAUUUUGGUUCUGAAUUAUAUAUAUAAAGUGGAAAAUAUUUAAUCUAGUAAUUCCUACGUAAUCUUUUUGUGCAUUUGUUAUGAUGUAAAGUAGAUAUGGUAUUCUUUAUUUUAAAGGAAUCUCAUAUUGAGAUUAUUGCUCAUACAAUACCUAACAUAUUGACAGUUUGCCUUAUAAACUGUAAUAGCAACAUACAGUGGGAACCGUCCAUUUCACUUCUUUGUGUUGGAGAGAGCUCCGUUAGUUCCCAGGGUAUCUGUGACUUGUUGCUACCUGUAUCCAUAUCAAGACAAGCUCCACGCUGUGAGAGAUGUUUUGGUUCUCUCUUUAGCACUGCCAAAUACAAGGUAUUUCACGUUUCGCGAACAAAGAACAUUUGAAAUGCUAAUAUUUUUGUUGGGGUAAGCACGUAUAUUAUGAUUUGUUGCAAACGCAAAGUGAAAUGCCCUGUACAUGCUGUGGAACUAGGAGCUGUACAUGCAAUCAAUGUGGUAUUUCAAGUAAAAUUAGAUGGAAUGAGGUUAAAUAUUUCUGCUCAUGUAGCAUGAAACAAAUUUGCUAGUAGACAAGUAGCAUUUAUCAUUGAGUAUGGAGGUGGCUUGAUUACAUGCUAUAUCUCUGAUCAUGCAGUCAGCUUGUACAAAAACCAUGUCAUUUUUCUGUAUUUUGAUGUCAUACCAAAACAUCUUGGUUCUUAGUCCAUGUAUUCUACACUGCUUGUUACCCAAUUUGUUAGUAGCAUAUAUGUUGUGAUCAUGGAAAUAAUAUAAAUGUGUUCUUAUAAAACUUUGA